GCGUGGAGCAGAGUGGCAGCAGCAGAGUUGGUGUCAGUCAGCAGUGGCAGGAGGCCAACCAGGAGCAGAAGGAGAAGCAGCCACUCCUGCACCUGCAGCAGGAGGAGAAGAAGGAGGACCAUCAGCCCUGUCCUAGCACCUCCACCACUGCUCCCUGAGACCUCCUCACACACCGUGAAGACACCAGGGAGCCCGAGGAAGAGGAGCUGCGACAGAGGGAGGUGCAGCCGCCAGGACGUCGAUCUCAUCACGACCAGGGAGACGAGCCAGAGGAGGACACACACACACACAUGGAUUUUAAGUCCAACCUCAAGGGGGUCAAACCCAAGACGCAGGAGGAGCGCAAGGUGAACUCCUCACAGCAGGUGGACUUCCGCUCUGUGCUGGGGAAGAAGAGCGCCACCAACAGCAACAGCAGCAAACUAUCCGACAUGCCCGAGAAAAGAUCUGUGCUCGCCAAUAAGAGGACGACCGGAGACGAGGACAAACUCAACAACUGUGUGGACGGACACAUUCAUGACAGGAGUAACGGAGGAGCAGCAGGAGCAGCAGGAGCAGCAGCAGCAGCAGGAGAAGGAGCAGCAGCAGCAGCAGCAGGAGGAGGAACAGCAGCAGCAGCAGCGGCAGGAGCAGGAGGUGGAGGAGUGAAGGUGCUGGAGUUUGUGGAGGAGCUCAGUGAUGUGACGGUGGUGGACGGACAGCGUCUCCUGCUCCAGUGUCUCCUCAGCACAGAACCCUGUGACCUCGCUGUGACCUGGACUCUGGACGGAAAGACCAUCAAAGCGUCCAAGUUCAUCAUCCUCUCCAACAGAGGCGGCCUGUGCUCUCUGACCAUAGACAAAGCUCUUCCAGAGGACGAGGGUCAGUACAGGUGUUUGGCUGAAAGUGCGUCAGGACGAGCUGAGAGUUGCUGCACGGUUCUCGUCGACGACCCGGCUGAAAACUCUCCCUCAGUAAAGAAGUCGACUGCGACCUUAGAGAGUGAAGCAAGGAUCAAGAAACCAACAACCAAGACUCCUCCAAAACAAGCUCUUCCUCCUCAGAUCCUUCAGUUUCCUGAGGACAUGAAGAUUUUGGCCGGAGAGAAAGUCGAGAUUAUCUGCAGGUUUACUGGAGCUCCGCCCAUUAACUGCACCUGGCUCAAGUUCAGGAAACCAAUCCAGGAGGGUGUGGCCGACAUGUCCAUCAUCAGUGAUGACAUCACCAGCAGACUGACCAUCAGCAGUGGUCAGCAGGAACACUGCGGCUGUUACACCAUCGAGCUCAGGAACAGUUACGGCGUUCGACAGGCGGCGCUGAACCUCACCAUCGUUGAUAAACCCGACCCUCCGGCUAAAGUCCCGGCCGCCUCAGACGUCCGUGGCUCCGGUUUGACGCUGUCAUGGUAUGGACCGACGUACGACGGCGGCAGCGCCGUGCAGUCGUACCUGCUGGAGGCGUGGGACUCUGUGGAGCAGCAGUGGCGCCACCUGGUGUCCUGUAACAGCACGUCCUACAACGUCCAGAACCUUCUCCCCGAGCGUCAGUACAAGUUCCGCGUCCGAGCGCAGAACGUUUACGGCGUGGGAGAACCGAGCGCCGAGUCCGAGCCGGUGACCGUGGGACUGGUGGACGAUGACGAAAACCACGAGGAAGAAGUCGAGGACGACGACGAAGAUAAAGAGCCUGAAUACAGAGACGUGACGAUUCGCACCGAGGUGAAGGUGAAGGAGCUGUAUGACGUGGAGGAGCGGCUGGGAACGGGAAAGUUUGGACAAGUUUUCAAACUGGUGGAAAAAGCCACGAGAAAAGUUUGGGCGGGAAAAUUCAUCAAAGCUUUUUCAGCCAAAGACAAACAAAAUGUCCGACAGGAAGUGGACAUCAUGAACCGUCUCCACCACCCCAAACUGGUCCAGUGUGUGGACGCCUUUGAGGGGAAGUCUGACAUGGUCAUGGUCCUGGAGAUGAUCUCUGGCGGUGAGUUGUUUGAGCGGAUCAUCGAUGAGGACUUUGAGUUGACCGAGCGUGAGGUCAUCAAGUACAUGCUUCAGAUCAUCGACGGCGUCAGUUUCAUCCACAGAGUGGGCGUCGUCCACCUGGACCUGAAACCCGAGAACAUCAUGUGUGUCAACAAGACGGGGUCAAAGAUCAAACUCAUCGACUUUGGACUCGCACGACGACUCGAAAACGCAGGAACACUGAAGGUUUUGUUCGGGACUCCAGAGUUCGUCGCUCCUGAAGUUAUAAACUACGAAGCCAUCAGUUACCCGACCGACAUGUGGAGCAUCGGAGUUAUCUGCUACAUCCUACUCAGCGGUUUAUCUCCGUUCAUGGGUGACAACGAUAACGAGACUCUGUCCAACGUGACGUCGGCGUCGUGGGAUUUUGAGGAUGACGCAUUUGACGAAAUCUCUGAAAACGGAAAAGAUUUCAUCACCAAACUCCUGAAGAAAGACAUGAAGGGCCGUCUGUCAUGUGCUCAGUGUCUCGAGCACCCGUGGUUAAAACAGGACACGAACACCAUGAAGACAAAGAAGCUCUCUAAAGAGAGGAUGAAGAAGUACAUCCUGAGGAGGAAGUGGCAGAAAACGGGUCACGCUGUGCUCGCUAUUGGGCGACUGUCGUCGAUGGCGAUGAUGGCCGGCGUCAGCGCUAAGAAGGGCUCGCCCACUGAAGAGGACAACCAGUUCCUGGAGUGUCUGGAGUACGAGCAGAAGGCGGAGUCAAAGCCGUCGUUCACCGCGGUCAUCAAAGACGUGGAGGUGGUGGAAGGAAGCGCCGCCCGCUUCGACUGCAAGAUCGAAGGUUUCCCUGACCCCGAGGUCGUUUGGUACAAAGAUGAACAGCCGAUCAAAGAAACGCGACAUUUUCAGAUCGACUACGAUGAAGAAGGAAACUGCAGUCUCAUCAUUUCAGAGGUGUCAGGUGACGAUGACGCCAAAUACACGGUGAAGGCGGUGAACAGUCUGGGGGCGGCGACCUGCACCGCUGAGCUGCUGGUGGAGGUGAUGGGUGGGGCAGAGGAGGAGGAGGAGGAGGAGGAGGAGGAGUAAAGCAGUGACUGUCUGGGCUCCCACAGGAAUAGGAGGUGGACUCUUUGACCCUCCUCUCCCUGUUAGACUUGAGCAGAAAAAACACCCACAAAUAUCAGGUUAUGAUUGGAGGAGGAGCAGGGGGUGGGGUUUCAAUACACUCAUGUUCUCUUUAAAUUCUUUGCAGCUUCUACCACCAGAGGUCACUUGACCUGCUAAACUCCACCCACCUGUAACCCCGCCCCCUCACACCAUGUGCUCUUACUGUGUUUGAUGUUUAUGACACAAGUCUUAUUUAUGUAAACACUUUGUAACAUUUGUAAAAGUUGAAACACAAACACGCUUCACUUUGUUCCACCGGUCGACACCAGAGGGCGGUCACGACAAAAACAACACAAACAAACAAACAUUUAAAUUCAUAAAUCAAAGUAAAGAAAAGAAAGAACGUAAGAAUUUUUGUUUUUGAACACGUGAAAAAAAUAUUCAGCUGCAGCUGCAGGGGGCACUCUUUGACUUCCAGUUGAAGAAGAAGUUAGUUCGUUAGUUAGCAACAGAACUAGUGAAAACAUUACAGAGUAAAAUUCUGGAUCAUUUGUGUUCAAUCCUCUGCUGAGGCUAAUGCUAAGCUAACUAUGUUUAUAGUGAGGUACACACACAUAUGGAGCUUUUCCACGACACAGUCCCAGCUCAACUCGGUUUAGUUUGUUUUCCGUGACUUCAUAGCUCCUUCUCUAUGUGGGCGGAGUCAUCAUCUCACUGUGGUGACACAAACGCAUGACUUGUGAAGCAGUCGUUUUGGGGGGAAAUGAAUCAUUAGAAUCAUUAGUUCAGAUGAGUCUUUGGUCAGAUGAGUGACAACACUCUCCGACCAAUCAGAGGUGGGCAGUCUGAUGACGUCACAGUUUAGUGUCAGCUGACCCUCGUCAGGUUCACUGAUGGAGAAAAAAGCUCCGGUUCUUUCAGAAGUUUCCAGAUUAUCCAACUUUGUGUCAGAUUAAAAAAACUAUCUGGGUUGUUAGGAGCUGACGUUAGCUUCCAUGCUAACAAAGCAACAGUCUGACUUUCAGCUGUAAUUGAGCUUGUUUAGCUUGUUGCCUAACAAACAUUAGUUCAUUAGUGAAGAUUAUUUGACUCAGAUUAAAAAAUUGUAAUCCAACGCUAACAUGGAUGAUGUCACUCACUGUGACUAGUGUUAGCUUUUAUGUUAGUGACAAUUAGCUUACACUUGUUGAUGUCAGGGAGAUAAGCUAACGUGUGUAGUCAAUUUAGCACAGUUAGCUCACUUUGUCGGGAUGAAGCUCAGAGACGAUGAAACUGUCAGACAGCUAGCUGCUAACUGCUAACACCUGUGCCUUCUGGCUUUAGCCUUUGAGCAACACGACGACACUUUACUGUCACAUGGUGGGACAUUCAUCUUUAAAGGGAGAGUGGACAGUGACAGUGAGCGCCCCCUGCUGCUGAAUCUAAUGGGCAGACUGCGGAUGACAACAAAGUGAAUCAGGGAACUUCGGUGGCCUUUACAGACCAGAAAAUAUGUUUUUUGUGGGCGGAGCCAACCUUUGUUUGUAAACGUCCACCUUUAAAAUAACAUGAAAAAGUCUUAUUGUUACGCCAUAACAACAGCAUUUAUAUUUAAAACAUGUUUAUAUUAAAGUUGAGUAAACAACAGGGGGCGCUCACAGCAAAGUGUCUCUAUUCAAAAAGAUUCACAUUCCAACGUAUUUGUUUGUUUGGGUUUGUUUUAGUUUGUUUGUUUGUUGUGUUUGUUUUUAUUUGUGUUUGUUUUAGUUUGUGUUUGAUUUGUUUGUUUGUUUGCUUGUGUUUGUUUGUGUUUGUUUGUGUUUGAUUUGUUUGUGUUUGUUUGUUUUAAUGUGUUUGUGUUUGUUUGUUUGUGUUUGUGUUUGUGUUUGUGUUUGUGUUUGUGUUUGUGUUUGUGUUUGUUUUUGAUUUGUUUGUUUGUGUUUGUUUGCUUGUGUUUGUUUGCGUUUGUUUGCUUGUGUUUGUUUGUUUGUUUGUGUUUGUUUGCUUGUGUUUGUUUGCGUUUCAUUUGUGUUUGUUUGCUUGUGUUUGUUUGUGUGUUUGUUUGUGUUUGUUUUCAUCCACAAACUAAAGCAGUGUCACAGUGUGUGUGUGUGAUCAUCUACAUUAUACUUUGUUGUUGUUUUUUUUUAAACUUAUUUAAUGCACAGAUUUAUAGAUUAUUUAGAUUAUCUAGAUGAUAUGGAUUAUUUAGAUUAUUUGGAUUAUUCGUCCUCUUCUCGUCAGCACUUCAUGUUCGUGUAUGAAACAGUGAAUUCACUCGUAGACUGAUUUGUAUAAUCUGUAUGUAGAUUAUAAUCCUGUCAUUCUUAAAUGUGAGUUUGAUGAGAACACAACUGUCAUUCCUCACGGACACUAAAUCAAUAAAUCACCAAAUAAACACA